UUAAACGUCAAACUUUAUGUCUAUUUUCUGAUUUUCUCUUUAAAUUAUAUAAAUAAUGCUCAAACGAAAGAUGGAUUAAGAAUUAAAUAAUCAAGAAAUAUUGUACUACUUUACAUUCACUUCUAAAAAUCUGGAUUUAAUAACAAAACUAUGUGAAACCUUUUUAAUACAAAACAAGGAAUACCCUUAACAUAAUGCAGACAGUAAUACUGGAUAAUAGCUUAGGGGAAGUUUGUUGUGCGUGCUUAAUUAGAAAUAUUCACUCGUCAAAAACUACAGACCCUAAUAUCAACAACAUAAAUACUCUUACAAUGUUACAAUUCUGUGUCCCAGAAGUGUUCUGGACAAAGGGCUAUAUAUGUGACUAUUGCUUAGACUCUUUGAAUCGGAGCUAUUUAUUCAAAGAACUUUGUAUAAGGACUAAUCAGUCUCACUGUCUAAAGGAUUGCCAGCAAUUAGUUAAAAAGGAAGAAAUUUAUGUAGAUAAUCACUUGAUAGUAAAUGACCUGGGUUAUAAUAGUGAUCUGAAAUCAACAACAGCAAAGAAUACCUUAGAAGAAGUUUGCUGUACAUGUUUAACUAGAAAUAUUCAUUUCACAAAGACCACCGACUGUGAUACCAAUAAUGUAGACACUCUUACAAAGUUAAGAUUCUGCAUUCCAGAAAUAACCUGGAUAAAGGACUACAUAUGUGAUCUCUGCCUAGAUGCUAUAAAUCAGAGCUAUUUAUUUAAGGAACUUUGUAUAAGAACUAAUCAGUCCAUUUUCCUAAAAGAUUGUCAAGUAUUAGUCAAGAAGGAAGAAAUUUGUGCAAAUGAUCCUGAAUAUGAUAACAAUCUGAUGGGUAACAUAGGAAGUGUCUGUGAUAAAAAUUCUAGCUGUGGUAGCUUCAACAACAACCUUUUAAGAGCUGAUAGUCCUUCAGGUAGUUCUGAAGAUGCAAAACUUCAAAGAAAUACAGAAGAAAUUGAGAUACAACAGGAAAAUAUUAAAAACAGUUGUAUUGAAAAAUUUUUUUUAAAAAUCGAAGAACCUAAUGAUUCUGUAACUGUAGGAGCAUCUCCUGAGAGAGAUAAUAGCAAAAUAAGUUUAGCUUGCGAAAUGUGUAACAAAUUAAUGGGAGAUGAUAAAAAACUAGAGUCCCAUGCAGCUGAUAUUCAUAAUGUAGACCUCAAAACAACAAAACUUUAUGAAUGUUCCGAAUGUAAUGUAAGGUGCAAAUCGUCAAUGGAUUUGGCUCAUCAUAAGAGUCAACAUUCAGAUAGGAAAAGACUGGAAAAUCGGAACAUUCAAUGCAAAAUCUGCGCUAAAAAGCUCUCCGAACAAUACAAACUAAAGAUUCACACACUUGUUAUGCACACAGACCCUAACUUAUGGAAAUACAAGUGUCCUCACUGUGACCAAAAGUGUGCCACAAAGUCGAGAUAUGACAGGCAUAUUCGACGACACACUGAAGACAAGCCUUUUGCGUGUGAUCUGUGCGAAAAGAAGUUCGCUGAGAAAAAUACGUUGAAUAAUCAUUUACUGACGCAUUCAAAUGUGCGCAACUUCAAAUGCAAUCACUGUGAUAAUGAAUACAAGAUGAAAUAUACUCUGAAGAUGCACCUGAAAAAAGUCCACGACGUUGGAAACGCCAAAAUUCCAGGUUUAACUUGCGAAAUUUGCAACGAGUUCACGGGAGCUUAUAAGAAGCUGAUGGCUCAUGUAGUAGAUAUUCACAAAGUAGACACCAAAACAAUAAGUCCUUAUAAGUGCGACCAGUGCAACAUAAGGUACAAAACAUCAAUAGAGCUCGCCCAUCACAAGUUCUCUCAUUCGAAAAGCGAAAAAUCUGCGAAUGAGGGAAACUUCAAAUGUGAAAUGUGCUUUAAAAAUUUCAUCAGAAAAUGCCACUUAAAAACCCACAUACUGCUCAAGCACACUGACCGCAAUUUAUGGAAGCACACGUGCUCUUUUUGCGACCAAAAGUACGCCACAAAGUGGGACUACAACAGGCAUAUCCGUUAUCACAGAGGGGAGAAGCCUUUCGCCUGUCAUUUGUGCAACCAGAAGUUUACAGAGAAAAGUGUCCUUCAGAAUCACUUAUUAACGCAUUCAAACGUGCGCAACUUCAAAUGUAAUUACUGUGAUAAGGAAUACAAGCUAAAAUACACAUUGAAGAUGCACCUGAAGAAGGUACACAACGUCGGAGACAUCAAAGUUCCUAAAGACAUUAAAGAAGUAUCCGUGUUUGAAAAUGCGUCCACUUUAUAAUUCACUUAUGUUUAGUAAAAAACGAAGUAUAUAGUAUCAGAGAGACUCACCCAUAUUAUAUUAGGAGACUUGUUACAGUAUCCCUUACUCUUCCUUUAAACUAUAUAUUUCAGUAUUUCCGAAUAGUUUAAGGUUUAAAAUAAUUAUUGAUUUGUAAAUACCCAUUUCGCUGGUUUCGUUUGCUGUACA